CACAAAUUCUCAGACCUCUCACGUAAACGGUAAACCUCAUAAACCUCUCUCUCUCUCCCCCCAUUUUUCAACUGACACAACCAGAAAAAAAAAAAAGAAAAAAAAAAUCAAAAAAAAAAAAAGAAAAAUGGCCGCCGAAUUGCCGGACGAUUUCAAAUGCCCGAUUUCCCUGGAGAUAAUGUCCGACCCCGUUAUCCUCUCCUCCGGCCACACCUUCGAUCGCGCCUCCAUCCAGCGCUGGCUCGACGCCGGCCACCGCUCCUGCCCAAUUACCAAAUUGCCCCUCCCCGACCCCCCUUCCCUCAUCCCCAACCACGCCCUCCGCAGCCUCAUCUCCAAUUUCACCCUCCUCUCCCUCCCCAACCCCCCCAAAACCCCCAAUCCCCAAUCCCUAAUUCACCUCCUCACCUCCCGCUCUUCUCAGCUUGAAGAAAAGCUCAAUUCGCUCGACCAGCUCACCCGCCUCUGCAAGCGCGACUCCUCAAUUCGCCGCCGAUUGGCCGAGUCCGGCGCCGUGUCGGCCGUUCUCAACUGCAUCGGGUCGGGCGAGCCCGGGCUCCAGGAGAAAUCGCUCCAUUUCGUCCUCAAUUUGAGCCUCGACGACGACUGCAAGGUCGGCCUCGUCGCCGAGGGAAUCGUCGGGAAGAUCGUCUACGCGCUCCACUGCGGCGUCGGCGACUCACGCGCGGUCGCCGCCACCGUUCUCACCAGCCUCGCCGUGCUCGAAGUCAACAAGGUCACGAUCGGGUCAUACCCGGAUGCGAUUCCGGGCCUGGUCUCCCUCCUUCAAAUUGGCAAUUCGAGAGAGAGGAAGGAAGCCGCCACCGCAUUGUUCACUCUCUGCUCCUUCUCCGACAAUCGAAUUCGGGCAAUUCAAUCCGGGGCGGUGCCGAUUCUGAUCCAAAACGCCGAUUCGGGCCUCGAGCGGGCCGUGGAGGUCCUCGGCCUCCUCGCAAAAUGCAAGCUUGCUAGAGAUGAAAUGCUCAGAUUUUGUGGGCUUUUGGAUGUUUUGAUUGGGAUUGUGAGCAAUGGGAGCUCAAGAGGAGUGCAGUAUGCUCUGCUGACAUUAAGCUCCCUCUGUUGCUACAAUGAAAAGAUGGGUUUGGAGGCUUUGAGAGAGGGGUUGUUUGAGACAUGUGUAGGGCUAUUGGAGGAUGACAAUGAGAAGGUGAGGAGGAAUGCUAAUAUGUUGAUUCAGAUAUUGCAAGGGAAGAGGAAAACUGUAUGAUCUUGUUGUGGAUUGAAGUGUGGUAAAAAAAAAAAAAAAAAAAUUGAUCUUGAAGGUAAGUAAGAAGUAAGUAGCAAGUUUUUGUAAUUUUUUAAGUGUUGUUGGAUAGCAUAUUGUAUAAAAGAAUGACUUACUAAGGAAGAAUCUGGUUCUUUGUUGUA